CCUUCCCCAGAAACACAGUGGGCUGUGCAAAACUUAUAUGUGUUUAUUCCUCAAUUUUUAAACAUAAUAGAGAAAAAACACUCAAAUAUAGUUGUGGGGAGCAGAGGAACCGACAUGGUCAAUGUUAACUCUCAGGUUAACACCCAUAUGGAUCUACCAUAUGACUCCUCACCAGCUGAGAGUGCCAACAUGAAUGCUGCCAACCACUUAGGGUCGGGCACCCUAUGCGCCAUCUGUGGAGAUCGGGCCACAGGCAAGCACUAUGGAGCCUCCAGCUGUGACGGCUGCAAAGGCUUCUUCAGACGCAGCGUACGCAAAAACCACAUGUACUCCUGCAGGUUCAACAGACAGUGCAUAGUGGACAAAGACAAGAGAAAUCAAUGUCGAUACUGUAGACUAAAGAAGUGUUUUCGAGCAGGGAUGAAGAAGGAAGCUGUGCAGAAUGAAAGAGACAGGAUUAGCACUAGAAGAUCCAGCUAUGAAGACAGCAGUUUACCCUCCAUAAAUGCACUUAUUCAAGCAGAUGUCCUUUCUAGACAGAUCUCAUCACCAGGACCUAUCAUGAAUGGUGACAUCAGAAUGAAGAAGGUAGCCACUAUAACUGAUGUGUGUGAGUCUAUGAAACAACAGCUGCUGGUGCUGGUUGAAUGGGCCAAAUACAUCCCUGCUUUCUGCGACCUUCCCCUGGAUGAUCAGGUUGCCUUGCUGCGUGCUCAUGCUGGAGAGCAUCUCCUAAUAGGUGCAGCCAAACGUUCCAUGCUGUAUAAAGACAUUUUACUAUUAGGUAAUGAUCAUAUUAUUCCUCGAAACUGCCCCGAGUUGGAGGUGAGCCGAGUGGCUGUCAGGAUCCUGGACGAGUUAGUUUUUCCCUUCCAGGAUCUCCAGAUCGAUGACAAUGAAUAUGCUUGCUUGAAGGCCAUCGUAUUCUUCGAUCCAGAUGCCAAAGGUUUAAGUGAUCCAAGCAAGAUCAAGCGUAUGCGAUACCAAGUUCAAGUUAGUUUGGAAGACUAUAUCAAUGAUCGCCAAUACGAUUCGCGGGGACGGUUCGGCGAGCUGCUUCUUCUGUUGCCAACGCUACAGAGUAUCACCUGGCAAAUGAUCGAACAAAUCCAGUUUGUUAAACUGUUUGGAAUGGCAAAGAUAGACAACCUGCUUCAAGAGAUGCUUCUGGGAGGUUCAGCAAAUGAAGCCCCUCACACCCACCACUCUCUACACCCACAUCUGGUCCAGGAGCACCUUAGUAACAAUGUCAUUGUUACCACCAACAUGGCCACUACAAUUCACAAUGGCCAGAUGUCCACUCCAGAAACUCCAAUCCCAUCUCCCCCCACGGCCUCAGGUUCUGAUCACUACAAAAUGGCUCCGGGAGUUAUAGCCACAGCUCCCAAACAGUCCAGUUCCAUCCUUCAAACCAUCACUAAACAAGAGACGAUCUGACUGCUUUAGGAGAAACAUAGCUCAUGGAUUUAAUUGAGUAUUUUGUAUAACGGUAGUUUUAAUAGGCAACAGGUUGACUCAUAAACAUUGGACACCGUAAAGCUGACAUUUAUAGUGGUUGAAGUUAAGGUUUUUAGGAAAGCCAAUGUGAAAAGAAUUUCCAGGUUAUUAUUUUAUUUGUUGGCUGUAUGUAUUUUUAAAUCUAGAGUUGCAUAUUUAUACUACCAAAGGAGUCAUAAAAGCAUUCAAAAAGUCAGAAAUGCCCAUAGAAAGGUUAUGUGUUGUUUUUUCUUUUUCCUUUUCUUUCAGGAGUUUGAGUUUCAUAUAUGUUACAGCAGGCCACUUAUCUGAAUGUGAUCAGAUGUUUGUUCUAUUGUACAGUAUUUUAAUAGCUUGACUCUUAAAGUACUUUUGCGGUAGCCCGAAAGAAUACAUAACAUUUUGUGCCUUGAAAAAUAUUGUUAUUUACCAAAAUGCUGGAAAUUGUUUUAUGUAUGUUAAGAGUAUGUGCAUUUAAUAUUUUUCUGUAUGUGCCAUACUUAAAUUGUAUAUAUAAUGAUUUCUUUCUUCUUUUUUCAUAAACGGGUUUAGUCUGUUCUGAGUCACCCACUACGGGGGAAAAAGCUAAAAAAAAAACAUUUUGGUCUCCUCUUCAACCCCUUAACUGUGACUAUUAAGUAAUGCAUUUGUAUGCAUUCAGUGUAUUUUAGGAGAGAAUGCCAAACUUCUUUCAUAACUAGUUUUAAAUGUUGGUCUAACCAAUUUACAAUUACCACCUUCAGGGAGAAGGAUCAUUUUAAACUUGCAAUGUGAACUGAUAUUAAAUACCAAUGCUAUAUUUUUUACAUAAAA